AUGCCUUCGGACGGCGUCCCGGUGCCCGGCAGUCUCUUCGUAUAUGAGGCGAACAGAGGUGCACCUGUGUUUUUCACAGUUGCCUUUGCUAUCUCGGCUGUCGCUCAUUUGUGGCAAUGCUUCAAGUACGGCACCUUCCGGUUGAUCGGGUUGCAUGCAUUCUGUGCAUUCUCGUUUACACUGGGUUUCGCUCUACGGGUCUACGGGGCCAAUGAUCACUAUAUCUACGAUAAGCAGGACGAGGGUCACACGACCAACCUCAUAGUCUACAUUCUGAUGCAGGUCUUCAUCCAGAUCUGCCCUCCUCUGCUUGAGCUUUCCAAUUAUCAUGUACUCGGCCGGAUCUUUUACUACGUGCCGUACUUUUCUCCCUUGCCGGCUAACCGUGUACUGGCAACUUUCGGCGGGCUCAUGAUGAUCGUUGAAGCGCUCAACUCUGUCGGCGUAUCUCUGGUAGCCAAUCCUACCGGCUCAGCGCAAGGGCUGGGCGGCAACAUGAUCUUGGCCGCUUUGGCCCUCCAGCUCAGCGUUGUGGCGACAUUUUUCAUUCUCUCCAGCAUAUUCCACCGCCGGUGCCUUAGAGCCGGCAUCCGGAAUCGAUCAGUGAUCACUCCCCUGUGGGUGCUGUACGUCAGCAUGAUCUUGAUUCUGGUACGCUGCAUAUACCGGCUGGUAGAGCACACCGGUGCGACUGGCAUACACCUCAGCGACUUCGAGUCCCUCAAGGCUCUGACCCCGAUCUUGCGCUACGAAUGGUACUUUUACAUAUUUGAGGCGACUCUAAUGUUCCUCAACUCUGUUCUGUGGAACGUCUGGAACCCCGGCCGGUAUCUGCCGGCAAAACACAACGUGUUCCUGUCGCAGGACGGCAAGACAGAGCUAGUGAGCGAGGAGAUUCCAGACCGGCGGAAAUUUGUGCAAAAGUUCCUCUACUACUUCACCCUGGGCAUUCUCUACCGGAGAGACAGGGGCGGCCCGGGUGCCGAGCCGGUUGGGCAGGAUAUACCUGACAGCCGGUCAGUCCUCGAAAAAUUCCUCAACCUCUUCCCUCUCGGCUUACUCUUCCGACGACGAAGGACAAGCCGUGCGUUCACUGAGCUCGGCGAGUACCCUAAUGGCGAAUGCCGGAACCUGGUUGGGGUCUGA